GUGAAAGAGAGAGACAGAGAGGGAGAGGAGGGACAGGAGAGGGAAAGAGAGACUGACCUUUUACUGCCACCUGUGAAGAACUGACCCCAGACUUCUGCUGAUUUUUCUUUUGGAUUACAAAAGCAGGAUUUCUCUGUCAACUCAAGACCCAUCAUGAAGCUCCUGUUAUUGUCCAUGGUGGCAUUGCUCCUUUUGGUGGAGGAGAGCUCUGCAGACAGAAUCCUGUCCAGGAGAACCAAAAGGGAGCUUGCAAGUCCACUCCACAUCGGUGGCAUCAGGGACCCGUAUGGCUCAUACUGCCAGAGGAGAGGAGGCUGCUGCCCCGGCAGAGACGACCUGUGCACGGUCCCCUACCUGGACACCAUCUGCUACUGCGACCUGUUCUGCAACCGUACAGUGUCCGACUGCUGCCCUGACUUCUGGGGUCACUGUUUAGGCGUGCAGCCGCCUUUCAUCGGCACCUGCGAAAGAAAUGGAAACAGGUUCUUUACAGGGCAAACAUACAAAGAGAACUGCAAUUUAUGCACAUGUGGGACUACAGGUCGCUGGGAGUGUGAGCAGAACGCCUGUCUGAUGGAACCUGACAUGAUCCAUGCCGUCAACAGAGGAAACUAUGGGUGGAAGGCAGCUAACUACAGCCAGCUCUACGGAAUGACUCUGGACGAGGGCAUCCGGUACCGUCUGGGCACGCAGAGACCCUCCAGGACAAUAAUGAACAUGAAUGAGAUCCAGAUGAACAUGGAUCCUCAAAGCAACCGUCUGCCACUUUACUUCAAUUCAGCAGAAAAGUGGCCAGGAAAGAUUCAUGAACCGCUGGACCAGGGGAACUGUGCUGCAUCCUGGGCUUUCUCAACUGCAGCUGUGGCUUCAGACAGGAUAUCCAUCCAGUCGAUGGGUCACAUGACUCCUCAGCUGUCCCCCCAGAACCUCAUUUCCUGUGACACCCGUAACCAGGGAGGCUGUGCUGGGGGGCGCAUAGAUGGAGCAUGGUGGUACCUCCGUCGUAGAGGAGUGGUGACGGAGGAAUGUUAUCCGUACCGGCCCCCACAGCAAACGCCGGCUGAAGUGGGACGCUGCAUGAUGCAAAGUCGCUCGAUUGGCCGAGGAAAAAGGCAGGCUACGCAGCGCUGCCCCAACGCACACAACUAUCACAAUGAUAUCUACCAGUCAACGCCACCCUACAGGCUCUCCACCAAUGAGAAGGAGAUCAUGAAGGAGAUUAUGGAUAAUGGCCCUGUGCAAGCUAUUAUGGAGGUCCACGAGGAUUUCUUUGUCUAUAAGAGUGGGAUCUACAAACACACUGAUGUCAGCUUCACCAAACCUCCACAGUACCGUAAACACGGGACGCAUUCAGUCAGAAUCAUCGGGUGGGGAGAGGAGAGAAACUAUGAUGGGACAUCGAAAAAAUACUGGAUUGCUGCCAACUCCUGGGGAAAGAACUGGGGCGAGAACGGCUUCUUCCGUAUCGCUCGUGGGGACAACGAGUGUGAGAUCGAGACCUUUGUGAUCGGCGUGUGGGGCAGGAUCACGAUGGAGGACAUGCACAACCACAACCACCAUCAUCGCCGCAGACACAUUUAGAGACAAACCCUGACGAGACCUUUGUUUUAAAUUCAGAGGAGACUUCAGCACAUUCUUACUCACUGAGCAGGCUGGGAUAACAAUACGUUCCUGAAAUCUCUUUUUUAUACCUUACUUCUCUCUGGGGAUCGAUAAAUCCUGUUAUUCCUUCAUCUUUACUUCUUUAAGGACAAUUCUCCCCACUUUGCACCAAAAAGAAACUAAGUGAACUAAGCUUAAGCUCUGUGCUGCCUUACAUUUAGGCACCUCAGGUACCUACUGAAUCCAAAGACAACACUUCCCAGAAUCCUCAGCUAGAUCCAUAGUUGGGAGGCAGAUGCAGACGCUCCCCUUGAUUUUUUUUUAAACUUCUUUGUCAUCCUGAACCUUUAGUCUUUUCUUCCUCUUAAUCUAUAAUCCAGACAGACCUGGUUUCAGAGGGACAGCCUUGAAAAGAGGAAAUCUGAGAGCCAGAUUAUCAGACAUCAGAGCUUUUUCUGAGAGGGAUACACCCAGCUGAAGUGUGUAACAUGAUAAUAUAUCACAGAUGACCUUACUGACAUUUACCUGUCAGCUAUACUGAGGCUCAGAGACACGGUGGGGCUCAUUCCCUCAGUUUUAGAGAGAACACUUGUGUAGAGAUAGGAGGUAAGGUUUCUAACACAUUCUAAUUAAAACAGAAUCUGACACUGGAAACACAAUGUGGAGUAUACCAUUACUAAACUCUGGGUUUUAGGAGGAUUUAUGGUGCCGCCUACAAUGACCUGCAGACAAAGGGGCUCCAAUAACUGCAUCAUGAAACGUUUACAGCAAAGUUAAAGGCCAAAUCUUCACCUUUAUGGUGAUUUUCACAUGAUAAGAUUUUUCAUUAAUGGCUGCAGGAGAUGUAAAUAAUAUCAAGCCAUGCUAAAUUCAAAACAGCCUUAAAGGUGUGAAUAAAAGCCAUGCUGUCAAUCUUAACCCCACCAUAUAGAAACAUAAAUACCAAUAUAACUAGUGCUUUAAAGGUCCUUUAAACUGUUUUAAUAACUUAAAACAGAAAGUGUUUCCACAGUCUUAAUUGCUUGUUCAGUUCUCUAUGUUACAGUUUGAUGGUAGUUUCAUUCUAGUUUAUGUUUGAAAACAUACAGUAAAGAUUUUUUUCACGCCUGCACUCCUGAAAAUGUCCAGAAAAUAUCAGAGUGGCCUGUUUCUACAAUCAUCCAAACCCGCCUUUUAAAUAGAGCUCACUAGUGUCGCCCACUUUUCAAACUGCUCUGGUUCUGGACUCAAAUUCGCUGUUUAAAUCUUCCAUUGGCGUUUCUCAAAAUAUUUAAAUCAACAUUUUUAAUCAGCAGCCAUGUGUAAAUACUCAUGAAUGUAAAACAUUUGAUUCUGCAGAAAAAUUACCUUCAAAAAGGCAAAGGUUAAAGACUGUGGACAGAUUUUUCAUGAGGAUGAUUGAGACAUAUCCCACAAUCCACUGCAAUUUUUUGGGGUUAUUGUUAAGGAUAACUUUUUAAACUUACAUACCACAUGUAUCUUUUUUUAUACAUUUAUCUUCAUUGUACUGUUGGUCUGGCCAAUUAUUGAGGCCAAUAUAUGGCAUAUGGCCGAUUAUCGCUAUCUGCAUUUCUGAUAAUCAGUAAAUUAAUCCAUCAAAAAAUGUGAUAAUUUGUUUGAAGGUACACUGCAAAUUGUUUUCCCUUCUGGCUCUGUUUCCCCUCUCCACAGUCUCACCAAACAUCCUCUAUAUAACACAAUCUGACUGGUUAGAUGCUGCAUGAGUUCCAGCCAUUCAACACUUAAAUGCCACUGACUCAGUGAGUGUAUGACAUUACUUCCUGUUUUCUGCUGCUGUGUUUCCUUAUGCUGAAAGAGCCACAGGUAAAUUCUGUACUUCUCUUCAAUUUUUACACAAAGAAAUUUUACUUUCACCAAGUUAAGUACCUUUUGUACGUCAUAAUGGAUGCCUAUUGGUUUCAAUCAUUAGUUAUCAGUCUCAUGAACUACAGAUAAUUGGUAUCGGUAAUGACAGAACCUGAUUAACCAACAUCGGUGGACCUCUAGUGUUUACAUUUUUUAUGAUAAUAAUGUAAUAUAUACUAGUUUGAGUAUAUAUUGCUUCAUAUUACGGCAAAUUGUAUUGUCAGCACCAACAGCAGGCAGUUAACUGACGACAUAUGUGGGGUGGUAGACACUCCCAUUGAUACAGCUAGCCCCACUAAUCACAGACACAGCUUUGUCAGUCUAGGAUUGUGGGUACUGUAGAAUUUUUUGACUGGGAGGCAGGGUGUGACAUAAAGAGGAUGCUGAGGAAGUGGCGUACGAAACCAGACCCUCAUACUACAACGCUUACGGCCUUUAUAUCAAUGCUUCAUGUUGUUCGUCAGACAUUCGCUAACAAAAGAGAGGAGAAAACAUAAUGAAACAGUUUUAUUACAUGUGUUCAGGGCCAGUAGCAAGAAAUAAAUGCCAUCAUUCAGGUGUUAUGCACAUAUAUACUGUUUCAUACAUACAUUGCAUGGAUAUAUUUCAUAUUCAUCUGGGAAUGUUCCCAUAGAAAGCGUUUGGAAAGUUUGCUUGCAGAGUGGCAGGUAAAAUUCAGGGGAAGUCAGAGUGAAAAGCAUUUUAUUUGCGGUCACACUUGCAGCUCAAAAAUAUUCGAUUUUCAGGAGUGCAUGUGUGAAACUACCCUAUGACGGUAUCUUAUCUCACCUAGCUGCUUUUCUGCUUGUGUUUCUUGAACUUGAUGGAGGGAAGGGAGGGAUUGUUUUUGGGGGGGUUACUGCUGCUAUAAAGUCUGUGCUACAGUAUUUGACUUCAGAGUCUUCAGUGUGUUGCCUUGUCAUGUAAUUAACAUGUAAAGCCACUUUCAAAUAACACUGUAACACCAGUUCAAUCACACAGGUCACUGCUGGUUUUUGUGUGCUAAUAUUUUAUACAUCAGCUUUACUGUUUAAUUUUCUUGAAUACUCAACACAUCAACAUACAUUGGUGCUUUUCAAGCCUUAACUGGUUCUUUCAACUGGUUUUAAGCUAUUUGAGGGAAUUUCUUGUCAAUCUUAUGGAGUGCAUGAGGAAAACCUGGUGUGUUGUAGCCGUAUCCCGCUGUGCUUCACCUACAACUCUGAAAGGCUUUCCUUUUCUAUAUCAUCAUCAUGUCUUGUGAUCUGUAAGGUUGAUGAAAGCAAUGAGGAAUGUAUGGAUGAACAGCCAAUGUGCAAUGUGGUGUAGCAAUUAUUGCAUGUUUCUCAUUCUGAAGAGGGCUAUUAAGAGGAAUCCAUCAACAUGAUGUGCACAACAGGUUUACAAUAAAGACAAAGAGGACCAUGGGAAAUCUUCUGGUAAUCUUCCAGCAGAAAGUUAUUCAUACGUUACUUUUCUCACCCAAGAUGCAAAGAUUUGCACUUGUUUCAUCACAAUUCAUGGAUGUUUUCACCACUGAAGAGAGGUUUGAUUUUAAAUGUCUCAAGAGAAUCACCACUGAUAAUAUGAGAUGGUUGGACAGGUUACAGUGGGUAUGAACUAUUGUGUAAAAAUGGUUGAAGAAAAGUGGACAAAUGAGUUUUUCAUGCAAGAGGAAGUGUUUGAAAUUGACCAAAGCUGGACUAUUUUACUGUUAUUUUACGGAGCCUCUGAAGGAAAUGGCGAAAAAAAAAAAAAAAAAUCACGGUAAACUUUCUUGUCGGCAUGAGAAAACAUUGCAUGCAUGCACACAGGAAUUUCAAGAAAGCAUUGUAUGUGAACUUGAGACUUUCUGCAAGAUUCCCUUAAAGGAAUAUUAAUGUAUUUUUCAAGUUUUGGCUAUAUGAGGUACCUAGCUGUAGUAGUUGCAUUAGCCUAAAAAAAAAACAAACAAACAAAAAAAAAAAGUUGCAUUACCCUCCAGUGAUUUUAGUGAGCAUUGUUCCUUUAAGAAGGAUUCGCUGUUUGUACCAGCCAGGGAGCUUGGCUAUACAGUGUAACAGAUGGAUACAGUUUCUCUGCAGAAUUUAGUGUGUUUUUGGUAAAAAUGGACCACAAAACAAUGUUGGCUCAAAUGUAUGCACUAUUAAAAACUUUUGCCGUAUUUCAUUUUUUACCCAAAAACCCUAUUGUCACUGUUUUGAAAUGCAUGCUUUCAGUACCAGUUAUGUGGUCUUGUGUUGCAAAAUAGUGACAAAAACACAGACUCUCCGGGUAAGAAUUGAAAUGCUUCAAAAAAUUUUCAAUAGUGGUUACGUUUGAGGCAACAUUAUUUAGUGGCCCUUUUUUUUCCCAAAAACUCCCUAAAUUCUGCAGAGAAACUAUACCCAUCUGUUUCACUACGUAGCCAAGCUUCCUUCUUAAAGGAGCAAUGCUCACUAAAAUUAAUGGAGGCUAAUGCAACUGUUACUGUUACGUAUCUCAUAUGGCCCAACUUCAAAAACAUUGAAAUAUUCCUUUAAAGGUAUUUCUUUCAUCUCUGUGAGGAGGAAAGCUGUUUUUCCUGUCAUGCACGUUCAAUAAUUUCUCAUAAUUUCCUCAUGAACAUGCAUCAGCUUCUGGUGUCAGAGAAACUGGUUUUAUUUUACAGCCCAUGUCCCUGAAGGGGCUCCGUAGGUUUUACUCUCAUAUCUGUCUGUUCAUGUUGUUGCAGUCGUUUGGAUUAAUAGUAGUUCAGGUUCAUUAUUAACAGCUUGAAUGUAAAUGCUAUAUAUCAUUGUAAACAUAAGAGAAAGCUCUUAUGACUUAGCAUUGGAGAGAAUCACAUGUACCAACGUUGAUUAUGAUAAAUUAAUGUUCAGAUGUGACAAUAACUUAAAGGGCAACGGUUUUCUCCAACUCGACCACUCCUCAGUAAAACUACCCAGCCGCGCUGCAGAAGACGACCCUUCAGAAGUUGUGUAUUUUAUGUAAAAUGAACCACUCCAUAUUCACUGAUGUGUAGACUUUAUUUAUGACAAGAUAUGUAAAUUAUAUUCUUUUAUUCUUUGUUUUUCCCAUGUUUUAAUGUUUUAUUAUCUCUCUGUCUCUUGUAUUGUGUGCACUAAAUGCAAUUUUCACCCGUGCUGCACAAUAAAGUCUUUUCCAAAAGUA